GCGNAGGAUCUGUGUUACAGCUGUAAAUAAUGACAUCAAUACAGGAACAAGUUUCAUUCCUCUACUGACAUCUGUGUGCAGUUACAACACCUUCCCUUUUGAUGAGAAAGAUUACGAGUCUCUGGAGUAUAUUCAGAGUGAUUUUCUGCUGGAUCUUUACUCACAUGUGAAGGACUAUGAGACUCAAUCAGACAGGAGUUUACUUCCAGCAUUACAGAGAGUUUAUCAGACACCUGUUGUCUGGAUCAUAGAUCUCUCAAGAGAGAAAGACCUCCAUCCUCCUGGAAGUGUUGAUGCUCCAGACAGAGAAGAAACCAGUAAAGCUGAGAGGAUGGACAGAUGAAGAGAGUGAAGUGAUGAGUUUCCUUCAGUGUCUGCCCUACAUCUCACAACUGAGUGGUGCUGAUCUCUUUGUGUUGAGUCUUUUUAAACGGGCCGAGUUCAGAGAGGAUCCAGAGCUGGUGAUGUCACUGUUUCAGGCUCUAGAUUUCAACCUCAGUCUCAAGGGAAUAUUACCCAGCAGCACAUGCAGGUUUGUGGGCGGAGUCUUACACCUGUCAGCUGACAGACUCACUUUAACUCUAAAUCCUCAAGCCAUCUCUCUCAGAGGAACAAGACUUCUCUUCAGACACAUCACAAGCAUACAGACACUCAGGCUGAGUGGUUAUAUGGUGGUGAGAAUAGUGCGUGCAUUGAGGUCUGAAAGAGUUCCUGUCAGUGUAGAUGAACUCUCAGUCGAUCUGAAUGAUAAACGGCGGUCAGACAGCGAGAUGUCCAGAGUUCUGAGCAGUUUGGCUUCUCUUCUGAGACUCUGGACUGUCCAGUGUUUGAACUUGACCGACUGCAGGAUGAAGNUAUUCAGAGUGAUUUUCUGCUGGAUCUUUACUCACAUAUGA